CGCUACUCGACCGACCUUGAAUACGCCUACGAUCUCAGUCCACCGCCGCCCACCAACACGGACAGACGUGCCGAGGCUAUUGCUGAGCGACUGUUCUCGUUCGAACAUCUGAAUAUCAUUCUCAAAGACAAUGCUCAGCUCCAGCGAUUCACUACGUUCCUCAUGCGAUACAAAGCACACUGCAUCCCGACCCUGGUCCGAUACCUAGACUCGCAGAAGGCUCUGAAAGCGAUACAGUAUGCGAAUGCGCUGGCAGAUCAGAUCACACAACAGCCGAACUGGCCAACAAAGGCAAACGCCGCCUCUCUGGACCCGGACUUCGAGCAGCUGUCGCAGCGGUCGCUAGACGAUCUCGUUGCUGAGGCGCUCCCUGCAUAUGUGACGUUCAGUGUGGUGGAUGUCGUCACAGAACUGCUGAACAAGGAGAUUAUGGGGAGGAACACACCAGUCAUGCGAGAGCUUGUGCAUGGUCUUGCCGAGGUGUACUGUCUGACCGAUCCAACCCAAGAGGGCAGUCCGAUCGUGUUUGCCUCAGAAGAGUUCUACAACGCCACUCAAUGUAACAGUAGCUACGCAAUCGGCAAGUCUUGUCGCUUUCUCCAUGGCCCGAGAACCGACAAACACGCCAUCGAGAGACUGGACAAGGCCAUGCUGGGGCAGCAGGAAGUCGUUGAGACCAUGAUACAGUACCGGCAAGACGGUACCCCUUUUCUGGCACUUGUCAUGAUUUCGCCAUUGAAGGACAACAGAGGAGCUGUUCGCUACUGCAUCGGCGCUCGAAUCGACAUCACGCAGCUCGUUGAAGGCGGCAGAACCAUGGAUUCGUUCCACCAGCUGCUCACUGGAGACCGCCCUGCAACGCCUGUCGCGGACCCGCUGGAGAACAGACCGACACUCAGGGCACUGCGAGACUUUGGAGACCUUCUGAACGACGAAGAGAGAGUGUCAAUGGGAGAUAAUGACAUGAUGCGCGUCGACUCUCGACCAAGCACCCCGAGAAUGUCACAAACCCCCACACAAAGGCGCUUUAUCGGCAUAGAAGAGCGCAUAUCCCAAGACGGCCUGCGCUCCCACUACUCCGGCCAAGUCCCAGGCGUGUACCAAAACUACAUCCUCGUCCGCCCCUAUCCUUCGCUUCGCAUCAUCUUCACCUCCCCCUCCCUCCGCAUCCCCGGCCUCUGCCAAUCCAGACUCGGAGACCACAUCGGCGGCCCGGAGCACGUGCGCGACUCGCUCAUCGAAGCCCUCGCCCAAGGCAUCGGCGUCACCGCAAAGGUCUCGUGGCUGGCCCGCACCAGCCGGCUGUCUACACACCUCGAAGUCCCCCACACGUUGGACGAUGCAAGCAUCACCACAACCGACGAGCACGUCGAGGGCAAGGCGCGGUGGAUCCACUGCACGCCCCUCAUCGGCUCAGACGCAAAAGUCGGCGUUAUCAUGGUAAUUAUGGUCGACAGGCCUGACGCGAGCCAUCUGCCAGGCGCAAGCAGCGUGUCGAGCACGCGG